CUCGGGACAGAGGCUGCUGUCACCAUGCGCUGCAUGGCUCUGCUCAUGGCCCUGGGCUCCCUCGCAGGUGUCCUGGGCAGAAACCAGGAGGAACAGCUGCUCAAUGACCUGAUGGCCAACUACAACCGGAACCUGCGCCCGGCCCGGCGGGAGGAGGACAUCAUCGACGUCAGCCUCAAGCUCACGCUCACCAACCUCAUCUCCCUGAAGGAGCGGGAGGAGAUGCUCACCACCAACAUCUGGAUCGAGAUGCAAUGGUGCGAUUACCGGCUGCAGUGGGACAAGGAGAAAUACAACAUCAGCCUCCUGCGGGUGCCCUCCACCAUGGUGUGGCUGCCAGACAUCGGCCUGGAGAACAACAUCGACGGGACGUUCGAGAUCACACUCUACACCAACGUGCUGCUAGAGCCCGACGGCAGGAUCCAGUGGCUGGCCACCGCCAUCUACCACAGCUCCUGCUCCAUCUUCGUCACCUACUUCCCCUUCGACUGGCAGAACUGCUCCCUGGUGUUUCAGUCCCAAACCUACAGUGCCAAGGAGAUCAACCUGCUGCUGACGGUUGAAGGUGGGAAGACCCUUGAGUGGAUCACGAUUGAUACCAAAGCCUUCACAGAGAACGGGGAGUGGGUGAUCAAGCACCGGCCGGCCAAGAAGCUGGUGAACGCGGGGCACUUCACCCCCGAUGACGUGGGCUACCAGCAAGUCGUCUUCUACCUCAUCAUCCAGCGCAAGCCGCUCUUCUACAUCAUCAACAUCAUCGUGCCCUGCGUGCUCAUCUCCUUCGUGGCUGUGCUCGUCUACUUUCUGCCUGCCAAGGCGGGUGGGCAGAAGUGCACUGUCUCCAUCAACGUCCUCCUGGCCCAGACCGUCUUCCUCUUCCUGAUUGCUCAGAAAGUCCCUGAGACCUCCCAGGCAGUGCCGCUCAUUGGGAAGUACUUGACGUUUCUCAUGGCGGUGACGGUCAUCAUUGUGGCCAACGCAGUCAUCGUGCUCAAUGUCUCUCUGAGAACCCCCAACACUCACUCUAUGUCCGCGAAGGUCCGCCAGCUCUUCCUGCGGCAGCUGCCGCGGCUCCUGCGGAUGCACAUGCGGCGGGAUGAGGCGGGGGAUGCUCCCCCCGUGACGCGGCGCCGGAGCUCGCUGGGGCUGAUCGUGAAGGCGGACGAGUACGUGCUGUGGAAGGCCCGGACCGAGCUCCUCUUCGAGAAGCAGAAGGAGAGAGAUGGGCUGAUGAAGGCCGUCCUGGAGAAGAUCGGGAGAGGGCUGGAGAGUGGCUGCACCCAAGAUCUCUGCAGCAGCCUGGUGCAGGCCAGUCCUGAGAUCCGGGCCUGCGUGGAUGCCUGCAACCACAUCGCCAAGACCAUCCAGGAGCAGAACGAGUUUGACAGCGAGAAUGAAGAGUGGAUCCUGGUGGGGAGGGUGAUCGACCGCGUCUGCUUCCUGGUCAUGGCUUCCCUCUUCGCGUGCAGCACCAUCGGCAUCUUCCUGAUGGCCCAUUUCAAUCAGGCUCCUGCACAGCCCUUCCCGGGGGACCCCAAGAAAUACCUGCCGGAGUGAUCCCAGGACAGAUGCUGCUGGGACUCGCACUGGCUGCAAGAGGCCAAACCCUCCCUCCCAGGCAGGAAGCCCCUGGCUGCACCAUUGUCGCUCCAGGGUCUCUUCAUCUGAGGGCUUCUGGUCCACAUUGGG